AUGGGAAAUCUCAAGCUUUCUCUGGGUUUCUCCGUUUCUUCUAUAGCUUCUUCUGCAGCCUACGAUCACUUUUAUAGGGUAGAUAUUCCAUAUGAAUCAGAAGAAAUAACCUGGAUUGAAGAAAGAUGCAAAGAUCUAUCAAAUCCUCUCAAGAUUUUAAGUGGAAAACACUCAUAUUUAAUAGCAACUACCGCUUCUGGAAGAAAAAUAAGCUAUAACUACACAGAAGAUUCAGUUGAGCCUGACAUCAAAUAUGACUAUUGAGACUAUCUGCCAUCAGAUCCAUUCAGAAAAGCUCGAGCUCUCCCUGGCCUCAAAGUUUCAGACGCAAAUAGGAUAUUCAGAAAACAUGCUUUAAAAGAAGAUUAUCAUUUAUUUAGACAUAAUUGUCAACAUGUUGCAAGAGAUUCUUAUAAUGAAAUUACUGGGCUUAAUGAAAUCGCAUUGAGAAAUGAUUUUAUAAAUUGGAUUAUUAAUGACUUACCUAAACAUAUGAGGGAGGAGUUUAAAGAAGAAGACGAUGACUAUAGAUUUAUUAAAGAUCAUUUUGAGAAUGAUAUACAAGCUUUGGUCGAUGAAGGAUAUACUAUAGAAGAAAUUGAGGAAAAAGUGAAGGUAUUAACUGAUAUAAAAAAUAUCAGAAAAGUAUGGGAAAUGCUGAGGAAAGAAAAUUAUGCAGAAAAUGCACAAGGGUUGACUGAACAACAAAUAAAAGAUUUGCAAAGGUUAUUUGGAGAAAGACUGACAGGGAGUCUUGAGCAUUUAGAAGGGAAAGAGUAG